UUGCCUGAGUUGCUGCGGCGGCGGCGGCGGUGGUACUGGUGAAGGUGUCGGCCCUUGGGCGGAUGUUGACAUUGUAUUGUUGUUAUUGCUGACGGUAAUGGCGGCGACGGCCGGGACCCCAUCUCCUCUGUAGCCGGAGCCGAGACAGCCAAGAGCCAACUCUGCGGCCUCUAGCCGGCGGCAGCGACUCCCCUCAGCCUCCGCCGCCUCGCCACCCCGUACCGCGCGCGGCCCCAGCCCCUGGAGUCAGGCUCCUUUGGGCAGGGGGCCUCGGAGGCUCAGGAUGGCGGAUUUCGACGAGAUCUAUGAGGAGGAGGAGGACGAGGAGCGGGCCCUGGAGGAGCAGCUGCUCAAGUACUCGCCGGACCCGGUGGUGGUCCGCGGCUCCGGUCACGUCACCGGUCUCGGAAACGGGGACAGACUGCUCUUCCUUCCCCACACACCCCUUUUAGCAAGCCCUGCAGGCCUGGGGCGAUGUGACGGAUCCCAGAGCGAAGGUUUUUCUUUAGGGUCUGCCUUUCAAGCUUCUUUAGGGACACCCCUUCAAGCUCCGGGUGGAAGUACACGUAUUUAUGAGGUCCCUCCCCCUUGUUUUAUCAUCCAGUUACGCUUUGAUUCUUUUUCCUCGUCUGGGCCUUUGAUCCUAGUGACUUAUGGCUUAGAAGCCAGAUCUGGGCCUUGUGAGACCCCAGUGACAAUCGGAAAUGAGUAGUAGUUCACUGCAAUUGUGUGUGUUUCACACAUACCCACAGGUCUCCCCAGUUUCUUGCAGUCAAUUUCUGCAGAACGAAUGCAAAUUCCUGUAAUUGUAUAUGAUAAAAAUGUAUAAAUGAACAUACAUUUUAAGAUAUGCAGAAUGAUACAUGUUCACAACUUUUUAUUUUUUUAAUCUUCGUGAUGGACACACUGCUCAGGUCACUGAGGGUUCUCUAAGUCCCUCCUUUGGGCAUGAACUCUGGGGUGGCUUCUUCAUUUGAUAAGGGUUCCUCUAAAUCCGUUUAGCAACAUUUAAAAGUACGAUAUUCAAACAAUAAGGAAGAAGAGCCUUCUGAAAGGUCAUGACUAAUAAAAGAAUGUGAAGACUUGAACCAAAUAAUGAGCUGUCCGGAAGCAGGAAGUUUUGUAAAGUUUCUCUGAGUACAAAAUUUCGUACAACUUGAACCAUUUGUACACUUUUUCAUUUUAGAUCUCCUGUUUAAAUCAUAAAUCAAACUUUCACUCUUGUCAGAUAUCUCCACGCUUCACCUUUUUAGUAAAAUAAAAGGGCCAGCAAGUCUGAGACUGUAACAGUUUUCAUUAUAUUUUGGUAUAGAGUGAGUGGGAUGUGCAAUGAAUAACUUACUGAAACAGUAAGACUUCUCAUAUGAGAUUGUCAGCAGGAUCCUUGCAUUUCUCAAUACAUGAUAUGACCAAACAUGUUGUUUGGGUAUGCUUAUAUAAUGCUUUGAUUUCUUUAGCACCUAUUAGUUUAUAUUCAGGUGACUUAACCAGGGUAAAAACACUGCAUAAUAGCUGUCACAGCGGCAUGAAAAGAAUGGAAUUUAUCACCACAAUAAGUUACUUAGUGUUUUAACUGUCAUCAUCAGCAGAAUUAAGAAUUAUAACCAAAUAUCAUGGAUAUUAAAUCUUUUAACAUAUUUCACAGAACUAUUUUAGUCUUAUAGCCUGUCCUUUAAUUUUCAGUUUGACUUAGGAACUUUUCACAUUGUUUUAAACCUAAGGGGUAUAUGGGUGCUUAAGGGAUUUUCGAACUUUUUCAUGUUAUCUGCCCAAAUUUCCCCCUACAAUACUCAUGUCAAAGAAAAGCAGGUAAAAUUUUAUUUGAAAAGGUGCAGCUAUAGUUGUAAUGUUUCCUCUGUUUAAGGAAAAGAAAAGGUAAGUACUUUGUUGAGUUAAACGGAAAAUAUAAUAGGCAAAUAGUGCUUAGAACUAAAUAGGUGAUCAGUAAAUUUGAUUGUAUUUGGCUACUUAGACAGGUUUACAGGGUGGGAGAGAAUUAUUAGUGGUUCUCAGUUUUAGCUCCCCAUUAGAAUUACCUGGGAAGCUUUAAAAAAAUACCCCUGCCUUGGGCUCAGACCAGGCCAAUUGAAGGCCAACUAGCUGAGUGGGGGUCCCAGGUGUGGAUAAUUUUUUUAAAAAGUCCCAGUGGUGAUUCUUGUAGCUAGGAUUUCAAACCACUGUUCCAGAGUAGUAUAAAGAGGAACUAUAUGCCACCAGUAAACAGUAUUCCUUUCCACAUUGGGAGUUAAUAUUUCUAUGAUUUCCCUCAACCACUUGCCUCUCUUCCUGUUAACCUUGGCACUAGGCUCUAGGUUGAAAUGUAGUCUGCCAUUUCUUGGGUAAAUUAUUAAUCUGUGCCUCUUCAGUUAAGAUAGGGAUAGUUAUAGUCCCUAAUUUAAGUUUAAUGAGGAUUAAAUGAGACCAUACAUGCGAAGAAUUCAUCACACUGUGUUACUCUGCUCAAUAAAUAUUAGCCUUUGUUAAUUUUCCUCUACACAGUAUUCCACUUUGAGAGACAUAGGUGUAAAGCACAGUACUAAGAAAUAGGAACUGCCGUUUUUGAACCUGGCAGUGAUUCACUUUAGUCUUUUUUUUUUUUUCUAUUUCUAAACUAUUUAUGUAGGUUAAAUUACUAUGUGAAGUAUUUCAGUGAGAAUUAUAAGACUCUGCAUUGAAAACCUAAGCCUGUUUUGUGGUGACAUAAAUAAGUAUAGUAAUAGUAAUACAAACCUUUUUUUUUUUUGAUAUGACUGUCACACAUGAUUCACAGGCAUACCAUGCCAAAGGUAGUCCAGUUAGCACCUAUAAAAGUUUUUGAAAUUAGUGCUUACCAGUUACUGUAACUGUUGAGCAUGGUCAGUUUUUCUUGCCUUUAAAUAAAUCGGAAGUUUUUAAAAUAGUUACAGUAAGACUGGUUAAGCUAAUCACUACCUCUGCACCCCUACUUUUUUUUUUUUUUAACUAAGGAGCUGUUCAGAGCAGUCUUCCCUUACCAAUUUGAAAGUAAAUGAUGGUGUAAACUGAAUCAUUUGUAAUCCAGAUCAUUCUGAAUUUAUGGAUAUAGAUUUAUCCAUAUGUAUUUUUCAGAUUUCACUUUUGAGUAGACCUUUAUAUUUCUCCUCUUUUCCUCUCUACUUUGAUAUAUCAUAUUUUAGUAUUCUUACUUUAUUUUAGAAAUCACUAUAUUCUCAUAUGAUAUUAUUUGGCAUGUCAUUUUAGUGAUGUGAAAAAGUACGUUACUUUCUAUUUUCCUACUACAUAAGCAGGACUUGAUUAGUUUGGGGCAUAAUCAGAUUUUUGGAACAUAAGGAUGUAAAAGGUAUAGUUUGCCUAAGCAAAGUCUAUUUUAUUGGGGUUUUUAAUACAAAUAUUUUAAUAUUGACUCCAAAUCAGACUUAUACUUUGUACUUCCAUAAUUCUUUCUUGAUAUUCUUUUGAAUGAGUAUAUAAUAUUAUUUUUCAUUGUUAGAUUUGCAUGUAGUGAUGUGGAACAAGAUGGCAGGUCCAACAGGGAGAAAUCUUGUGCAGAAGCAUAUUUUGAGAAAAAGUGGUAUUUGAAAGAAGAGGGAAAUGAUAAGUUCCUAUUACUACAAAAUAUUUAUAUACAUAUAAUUUAAAAGGCUUGAGUUCACACUUCAGUUAAAAGUAGAUUUCCUGUUUGUGCAUGGUGAUGGGAAGGGGGUGUUUCUCAUUUUAUUAUGUAAUGAAGAUGAGGAAAAAGGUAAUUAAUUUAUUAGGUAGUAUUGGCCAGAUUGGUUAAUAUUUUAAAAUUGUGGAGUUUUUUAACCCUCAAAAUACAUUUGUACAAAAUAUAAUGAUUUGUUGAAGACUGAUUUUCCACAGUGAUAAUAGCGCUAAAAGAUGUAUUCAUCUAAAAUUAGAAUUUAAAACUAGUUUUAGGCCAAUAUUUCCUAGCUAAUUGAUAAUUAUAACUGACAAUAUUUGCUCCUCCUAUAUCAGAAUCAAACUUGGGACUUUCCUAAGGCAUGUAUAAUCUUUGACUUCUAACUUAAAUCUUGUCAUAGAGCCAAGUUAUUUUGCUGAGGUUUGUUUCUAAUAUUAUUCUUUUUCUAAUUCAUUAAAUUAUCCUGUCUUUAUGUACUCUCUUCUGAAGUAUAAUCUUGACACUAAUAAUUCCUUAUUCUUCACCAGUUUUUAUCACUGGCUGUGGAUCAUCACUCUCUUUGCUUGUCUUCGUCUCAGAUAUGCUGUGGAAAAUUGAAAGGUUUAGAAAUGUGACUUGAAUAAAAAUAUCUGGCAACUA